GUACCGACCCGGUCCACGGUUCACUUUCGGUCGCCAUUGUACACGGUUUUUGUUUUCCCAUUCCCGUUUCGGGCUCGAAAAUCGCUGCCGAAAAGCGCUGAAACAAUGAAACAAAAGCAAUAAACAGUGAGUGAUGGUUGCGUGCAGUGUAGUUGCGAUAGAAUCAAGUGCGUAACGCGCACCGGCACAGUGCAGCGAGUGUGUGAUAAGCCGCAUCCGAAACCAUCCGAGCAGCAGCGAAGAAGAAAGGUGGUGUUCCGUGGGCGCUGUACGAGGCGAAGAAGCAGAGCAGCAACCAAGCAAGAGCAAGAAAAAGUAGAAGCAACAGCGGAAAGCGUACAUACCGGGUGUAAGCAGAGAGCAAUCAACGGGCGAGAUAAAUCCGUGCCCGUCCCAACCCCGGGGGAAGCUGGGCAGUGUUCGUGCGGCACUGCGUAGGGUGUUGGCAGCCAGAUAGCGGGGGGUGGGUGGAUUUGUGCAGCAGAACGCGAAGCCGAUCAUAGUGCCAUCGAAGAGCGGCUGUCCUCACACACGCUCUCACCCGAAGACGGCAAGCAAUGUGGAAAAAGCAAGCCUCCUUGUGCUGGCUCGCAAGUGUCUACGUCGUGUGUCAGCUGGUCGCAGCGAAGAAUAGCCAAGUGCGAGAGGAAUACUUUAUCACCGGCAGUAACGGAACGUUAUCCUGUCCCACCUCCGAAAACCAGAACAUUGUGUGGCACAAGAAUGGCGCAAACAUUUCCGACCCCCGAAUAUCGUUCCUUAUCGUGGACAGCAGCGAGGCAAUUCGCAAGUGGUCGUAUCUUGUGCCGGAGGACGAGGCGGACGAUCCGAACGCUCCGAAGCUGUACUACACCCUGACCAUACACAAUUUUACCAAAUCGGACGAAGGCAACUACACCUGCUAUAAUCAGGAAAAUGGUCUCAACAUGUCGUACACCGUACGCACCGUAAUUCUACCAAAGAUCACCCAAACUAGCAAUGAAAAGAUUAGAACUAAGACGACCAGCGUCCAGCAGCUGUACUGCGUGAUCGAGGCGUUCCCUUUGUCCCACACGGUGUACUGGGUGAAGGAGGAUGCAUCGGGCGAAAACAGUCUGAAGGCGCUGGCCAACAACUCGGAGCAGAGGGUGAUUGACGACCGGCACAUGAAUGCCACACUGACGCUGCGCGAUCUCUCAAAAGCAAACAAUGGCACGUACUCGUGCGUGGUAAUGCCAUCGGCCCAGAUGCAGGCCACCGACUACGAGGUGAAGAAAUCGAUGGCGCUACUAAUUCUGGACGUGCCGCAGGUAACGAUCGAUUACGCGAAAGCGGUCGGUGCGAACAAGAUCUAUCUCAACUGGACGGUGAACGAUGGGAACGAUCCGAUCAAAAACUACAUCGUGCGCUACCUGAAAACGGGCGAUCAAACGUUCACGUACUACCGGGAAAAGAUCGGAGGCAACAAUUCGUUCUACGUGCUGGACGGAUUCGACCCCGGGACGGACUACAAGAUAAGCUUGGGUGCAUCGAACGGGCAGGGCGACAGCAAGCACCACGAGUACAGUGAAACCAUUCGAACGCUUGACACGGAUCCGAGCUUUACGCCGCAGGUGGAAGUGAAGGGAAGCACGCACUCCACCAUCACGAUCGGAUGGGCCCCGCCGCCAGCAAAUCUUACCGACUACAUUCAGUACUACGAGCUGGUCGUGUCGCUUGCCGGUGUGAAUGCCUCGAUCAUGAAGAAGGAAGCGUUCCACCCUCAGAACAGCCGCAACCUGCCGUACAUGUUCGACAAUCUGGCCACGGCCACCGAGUACACGUUCCGGGUGCGUGCCUGCAGCGAGCUGACAAAAAUCUGUGGCAAUUGGUCCGAGCCGGUCAAUGGGACGACAAGCGAUGGGCAGGCGUCGGCCCCCCGCAAUCUCAAGAUCACCUGCUCGCAUCACAACAUUUCCCGCCGCAACUUUGUGCGCGUGCGGUGGGAGGAACCGGAAAAUCCGAACGGCAAAAUCAUGUCCUACCAAACGAUUCUGAGCGGUGUCGCCAGCUACCGGUCGGAGUACGGGCUGAUGAAGAACGAGAGCUGGGGCCCGAAGAUUAAAAACAUUCUGCGCCACGCGUUUUCCACCGAGUACGACAAUGUGCCACCGAACACGAACUACACCGUGAACGUGACGGCCCACACCCGCACCAAGCGACCGGGCGUGGUUGCGUCGGCCACCUGCACCAUGCCGGCCACCACGCCCGACAACUUGGGGCGGAUUAGCUGGGGCAAGCUGCGCACGGAUCAGGAUGAUUGGAUUUUUAAGCUAUUUUUGCCACGCCUGUCCGAGCGCAAUGGACCGAUCUGCUGCUACAAGGUGUAUCUGACCCGCAUCCACAUCCACCACAACGGGUCGCUGCCGGCGCCGGAAAAUGCACUCAUCACCAGCUACGCCGAUGUGCAUUCGAUGAACAACACCCACGGCGGAACGUAUUUGGCCGAGGUGUUUGCCGGCAUGAACAGCCAGACGGAGGUGUUUCUGGGCGAUGGAAAGAACAGCCCGGCGGUGGGCUUGUGCCCCCAGUGUCUACAGCUGCGCCAUCAUCGUCAGGUGCAGGCGGAAGCGGAGCGUGCGGUCGUGACAACAGAAUCAUCACCAGUCGCAAAAGAUGAUCUUCGCCCGGCGGAUGACGAUGUGACCACCGCUCCCGGUGCAAGGACGGGCAACGAAGCGGUACCGCUGGAGGAUGAGCGUAAAGCGUCCUCCAAUCACGAGAAGCGUGACACAGGCAAACACUACGAUGCGAUCCCCCGACUGGAGACGGUGUUUGACGGGGCUCUCGAUCCCACCAGCAAUUACACCGGAUUUCUCGAAGUUGUCGUAAAAACCGACAGUGGUGAUGAUGGACGGGACUACGUCUCAACCUUCAGCGAAUACUUCCAGGAAAUGAAUGCGGGCGCCCCGUCGGAAGACGACGUGGAUGCAAAUGACAUUACCUACAUACUGUACAUUAUCAUCCAAGUGCUGCUCGCACUGAUUGCCAUCGUCGUGAUCGUGCUGAUGGUCUUCUGCUUCCUGCACAAGCACGUCAGCAACAACAUUGCCCAGGAAGGGGAAGCGAUCAGUUUGGGUGACUCCUUAAGACGGGCCCUCUGCAAUGGUGGCCGCGGUGUUAAUGCUCAUCAUCGUCAUUUGCUCGGUUCCAGCAGUGCGAAGCCGCCCGUUCUGCCCCCGAUCUCGAAGGACGACCUGCCGAAAGCGUACAACGAUAAGCACAAGGACUCGGACUACGGGUUCCAGCACGAGUUCGAGCUGCUGCCGGACAAGUUUGCCGACCGGACGACGAAAAACUCGGACAUGAAGGAAAACAUGCCAAAGAACCGGUACCCGGACAUUAAGGCGUACGAUCAGACGCGCGUAAAGCUGACGCCGCUCAACGGGCUGGCCGGGUCGGACUACAUCAAUGCGAACUUUGUGAUCGGGUACAAGGAGCGGAAGAAGUUUAUCUGCGCGCAGGGUCCGAUGGAUGCGACCAUUAAUGAUUUUUGGCGCAUGAUCUGGGAGCAGCAUCUGGAGAUUAUCGUCAUGCUGACCAACUUGGAAGAGUACAACAAAACGAAGUGCGCCAAGUAUUGGCCCGAGGGUACGAACGAUUCGAUCCAGUACGGUGAGCUGCUGAUCACGUUCCAGUCGCUCACGUACUAUGCCGAUUACAUCGUUCGCACGCUCAAGGUCACCAAACGGUCCGCCAGCUCGGGCGAGGAAACGUCGCGCGAGAUCAGCCAGUAUCAUUAUCUCGCGUGGAAGGAUUUCAUGGCGCCGGAGCACCCGCAGGGCAUUACCAAGUUCAUUAAUCGCAUCAACGCGGAGUACUCGCUGCAGCGUGGCCCCAUCUUGGUGCAUUGCAGUGCGGGCGUAGGCCGGACGGGCACGUUCGUCGCGCUCGACACGCUGAUGCAGCAGCUGCAGGAGGAGGGCCAGGUGUUCAUUUUCAACACCAUUUGUGAUAUGCGCUAUCAAAGAAACUUCCUCGUCCAAUCUUUGAAACAAUACAUCUUUCUGUAUCGCGCGCUGGCCGAAUUGGCUUACUUCGGUGACACCGAGAUCGAUCAAAAGUCGCUGGCAAGCACCAUCGAAGCGUUGAAGCAGCCGUCUUCAGAGAACGUCGAAAUAUCGCGACUGGAGCUGCAGUUCCAGCGCUUGAAAGCGUUCCAGGAGGACAUCCGGAAAACCACCACGAUGGGCUCGAGCGAGGAGAAUCGGACGAAAAAUCGCUCCGACGCGUGCAUUCCGUACGACAAGAACCGUGUCAUACUGGCCCCGAUACCGGGCCGCGAUCACUGCACGUACAUCAACGCGUCCUUCAUCGACGGGUUCGACGAUGAGAACAACUUCGUGAUCACGCAGGACCCGAUGGAGGACACCAUAUUCGACUUUUGGCGCAUGAUAUUCGAGCAGCGGAUCAAAACGAUUGUCAUGUUUUCGGAGAUCGGUGACGGACCGAACAAGUGUCCCCGGUACUGGGCGGACGAGGAGAUGAAGUACGAGAACUUGCUCGUAUCGUACAUACAGAGCGAGAGUGGGCCGUACUACACCAAGCGCGAGUUUACCGUCACGAACUGCAAGACGAACGACACGAUCCACGUGACACAGUUCCAGUACAACGGGUGGCCGACGGUGGAGGGCGAGGUGCCGGAGGUGACGCGCGGCAUGAUCGAGAUCGUGAACCAGGCGCAGAAGCAUAGCUCGCAGCAGCAGGACAUCUUUACGAUUGCCGUGCACUGCAGUCUCGGAACGGACAAAAGUUCCCUUUUCGUUGCCAUGUGUAUAUUAGUGAUGCAGCUGAAGACGGAGAAGCGUGUCGACAUUUGCACGGUGGUGCGAAAGCUUCGCGCGCAGCGUAGUUUAAUGAUACAGACAUACGCACAAUAUGAGUUCUUGCAUAGGGCGAUUGUAAAUUUUGCCGAUCUGUAUAAAAUAUCGCUAGGCAUCGUGAACGAUUGUUGAUAGACGGCUUAUUAGUAGUAGUGGUAGCAGUAGUGGUAGUAGUAGAGGACCGGCUCGAGCUAGCAAUUAAUAUGCGAACAAUAUUAAACAAAGCAAACAAUUAACACAACAACAAAAAAAUACACAAUAUAUACGUAUCUCGCGGUAAGUCUCCCGCCGGGGACAAGCAUAUGAGGGUGGAACGAUAUUACUGAGGUUGGGAAUCAGUAACGAGUAACCGGCUGCUUUCACAUCUGCUUUCCCUUUUUCGAAAGAAGACGGUAGAAGGUUAUAGCGGUAGGAUGCAGAGCGAGAAGGAAACAAACAAACAGACAAACAAAAACCAAACACACAGAGAUCGAAGGCUUAUUCUUAACCGGAAGACAACGUUUGACAAACAAGAAAGUUCCCAGUAACAAGUUAAGUGUAGAGCAGCAAACACAGACACACACAGCAAACCAGUGGGGGGAGGGAGGUAUGUCCUCCGACACGUCAGUUUUUGGAACAUUUUAUGUGAAUGAAUGACAAUUAGGAUUAGGAACUCUUUUUAUAUAUGUACCGAAUGCAACACUGCGGAUGAUAUGAAUACCACGCGAUACAAGGAACCAA